CUUUAAACCAGAAUCCUAUGUCCAUAAAAGCAACAAGGCCCCCAUAUCUUAACAAAUUUUGUUGACCCAUAAAGUCCAAUCUCUCAUCUCUUUAAAUUCCAAUCCCAUCACCCCCCACAUUUUCAUUCCAAUUUUAUUUCCUCCAUUACUUACAAGACUCUACUAGAAAGUUGAAGAAAGUAAGAUACUAUUAAAGAAAAAAAAAAGAGGCUAAUAGUUUUGUGUGUGUUUUGCUGGGCUGAAUUAUGAAGCGACAAUUGAUCCUUGCUCAAGAUUCCCUUCCCGAUGAUGUUGCACUCAGCAUUAUGAAAUUUCUUGAGGUGUCGGAUGUGUGUUCAUUGGGAAGUUGCUCCAAGUUUUGGCGGGAGAUUUCUACUUCUGAGUGUCUCUGGAAGCAUCUCUGCCAACUGAGAUGGCCUGGGAUUGUUUUGGAAGAUGAAAUUGAGGCUGAAAUCCAUGAUCAUGAUCAGCCAAAGAUGCCAUCUUUGAAGGGAUGGAGAGGAUUGUAUGUCAAGAAGCAUAACCUAAUGGCGGAAAAGGCAGCUGUCGUGAGGAAAUCCCUUUCCUGCUCAGAAAUUGACGUCAAUAUGUACCACAAAGCUCUUGAAGAUAUGAAAAGAAUGCAAUUUGGGUUCAAAGAUGUACAGAUGUUCUUUCUCAAAUCAGGCAUCAACGUGCUUCUCAACUUUGUUGGUCUGCACUACUGCAUUAAGGAGCUUGGCGUCCAAGUAACUCUUCUAUCCUUAUACGUCAUUUUAGUAGAACGUGUCGACUUCUUUGUACAAAAUGGAAUAGUGGAUACCGUAUACGUAUCCUAUCAUGUCAAUGUUUUGCUUGUUAUCGAAUCAACAUCAUGUGGUCUGGUAUACCUUUUUUGCUAUUGUUGUUUGCGUAUAGUUUUGGUAAAGUUUCUAUCUUGAACAUUCCUUAAGGUUCCAGGUAUUAAUUAAGAAUCCCGAGUAGGCAAAUUACAAUAAAAAUGACUAGUUAGUGUAUAAGAUCUUUGGACUGCUGACCAAAAGUAUUUGAGACAAAUCUCUUAGGUUUCUGUUGCUUUAACUCUACUGUGUUUUGAAAGAGUGAAACUUUCCUUUGUGGGCAGUUGUGUGCUAUUGAGUUACCCCUUCUUUUUUCCCAACAUCGAUGAUGAAAAAGUUGAAGAAUGAUGGUAGCAAGUAGUAGUGGUGGAAAUUUGUGGACUUAAAAUUGACCAUUCUUGUGUUUUGUUACCUCUUUUGCAUUGAUGUGGACAUUCGGGAGAAAAAGAGUUUCAGUUCACCUUCUAGAUUUGCCGACGGUAGGCCUAAUUCAGUAAUUUGGGAAGGAUUGGUAAUAGCUUCUAUGAGAUAUUUUCAAGAUGCAAGUAACUGUCACCUUAAAACGUUGUACUAAGUUUGCUCUACUCUUAGUUUAAUAGAGUGAACUGUUAAAAUGAGACGGUGAAAUUGAUAUUGCAUUUGUAAUUGAUGUGACACGUAGUUGAUGCAAUGUUUUCACUAGUGAUGUUUGCUUGCUUAAUGUAUUUGUAUGGAACCACUGUCUAAUCAGGUUCCUGCCUGUUCCAAUCUCAAUUUUCAUUCAGGUGGGUUCCAUGACAGAGGCAUUGAAUACCUGCAACAUCCAAGACCGAUUGGUAUACAUCCAAUGGUGGGAGGCCGGAAACUGGUUACAUCGGUUCAAACCUCCAGACGUGUUACAUGCCCGUCGCGUCCCUUUAUAUGAUUUCACCUCAGUUGAAGGUGCCAAAAUCCUAAGAAUGCUCGAAAGGGGUAUCGCCGGUGACAUUUUGUGUAUCAAAAUGUACUCAUCUGAGCCGCAUAACAAGCGAAAUCCAACAAGAAUCUGCACCAUGUGUAAGGGUUUGAGGAAGGACGAUCCUCAGGAGCUAAUACCAUCUGCAAUUCCUCAGUCUUCUUAACUACUAGAACCAGAUAUUUUAAGCCUCAGUGCGUUUUACUUUCAUAUGGAUGUUACAUGUCUAUAGUGGUAGCAAAAGUUUGAUGUAUUAUUAUUUGUUCCAAGAAAUUGGGUUCUCAGAAAUAGUACUCUUUUGUUAUUUUCUGAGCACAUGAAGGUUCAUCUUCAGGUUUUUUGUUGUUAUUCAUUCAACCCAACUCUCUUUAAUAAUGGGGUCAUUUGGCACUGUGCAAUUUUGAAAUGAAAGCCACAACUCCAAAUUGCUGCA